ACCCACCAACAAACCAAACCAGUUCAGGUAGGGUAAGCGCGAAGCUGUUUGCAAAUUCAAGACUCACUCUUGCAGAACCGUUCGGUGGUUCAAGUGAAACAUACCAUCCAUUGCAGAAUGCAGUAAGGCUUGAAUCUCAAUUGGGAGAAUAUGGAAAACAAUUCGGUUCCACCUGGUUUUGCGCCUAGGACGUCCUUCAAGCUGAAGAAGGCAGAAGUCUCAGUUGUGGGAGUUGAAGGAACCGAUAGGUCCAAUGCUGUUGUGGAUUCUUCCAAACAAGGGUCAACCCAGAUGGACUCAACAUCUGAAAUGACCGCCUUGGAGAAGGUCAAAACAUUUCUUCAGCAAAGGCCAUGGUUGCUUUUCGACCAAACUGAUCACACUUCAGUGCAGCCUGACCCACAACAGUUUCAAAUGGAACCCCCUCCAAAAGCUUGCCUCUCAAAUGGUGUGACUCGUGGAAGCCCAGAAUCCACUUAUUGUGUAAAGGAACCCCGCCUCCCGAAAGGUGUUACUCAUGGAUGUCCAGAAUCCGGUUACUGUGUAAAGGUAACAGAAAGGUGGCGUCCUGAGGGUGGAAUAAUAGAGAAGCUUGAUAAGGCUCCUGUUUUCUACCCAACACAUGAGGAAUUUAAGGACACUCUCACGUAUAUCACAAGUAUAAGUGCAAGAGCAGCGCAAUUUGGUAUCUGUCGUAUUAGUCCUCCUCCUUCCUGGAUACCUCCACCUCCUAUUGAGGAAAACAGCAUAUGGAGAAGUUCCACAUUUGCUUCCCAUAUUCAGCGGAUUGAUGGGUUGCGGAGUAAACUGGACGGCUCUGAUGAGAGCAGAAAAAAGAAGAGAAGAAUCUCAACAGUGGGUUUGGACUGUGGAUUUGAAUUUACCUCAAGUAUGGGUGAAGCAGGACAGUCUGAUGUCAAUUGCUUUGAGUCGGAACGUGGUCCAGAAUUCACUCUUGACAGUUUUAAGAGGUAUGCAGAUGAUUUCAAGCGUCAGUAUUUCCGCAAAAGUGACGUCAUAGGUAAUCAAGAGCAGUGGGAGCCAUCAGUGGAGAAUAUCGAAGCUGAAUAUACACGUAUCGUUGAAAACCCAACUGAAGGAAUCGAGGUGCUUUGUGGAAAUUAUUUGGACACUAAAGGGCUUGGGAGUGGAUUUCCAAUAGUAUCACCUGAUACCCCUGAAUGCUUGCAAUCUGGCUGGAAUUUAAAUAAUCUACCCAGACUGCCUGGUUCUCUUCUUUCUUUUGAAAGCCAUGACACAUGUCAUAUUUUAGUGCCUCAGACUCGUGUAGGAAUGUGUUUUUCAUCUAGUCUUUGGAGAGUUGAAGAGCACCACUUAUACUCAUUGUGUUACAAUCAUCUGGGUGCUCCUAAAGUAUGGUAUGGUGUCCCUGGGAGUUCCCGUAUACGUUUUGAGGCAGCCAAAACGAAGUCCUUUCCAGAUUUAUUAAAACAGCAUAGGCUGGUUAAGCAAGUAUCCCCCUCCGCAUUGAAAUCAGAGGGCACACCUGUCUUUUGUUGCAUUCAGCGUCCUGGAGAGUUUGUUCUUGUCUUCCCUGGAGCUUAUCAUUCAGAAUUUGAUUGUGGCUUUAAUUUUUCUGAAAGUGCAUGUUUUGCUCCUCUAGACUGGUUGCCUUAUGGACAGAAUGCUGUUGAACUUUACUCUGAACGGGAAAGGAAAACAUCCAUAUCCUAUGAUAAGCUGUUGCUUGGAGCAGCUAGGGAAGCUGUAAGGGCACAAUGGGAAAUUUCACUGUUGAAGAACAAAAAAACCUCAGAGGGUUUACGCUGGAAAAGUGCCUGCUUUAAGGAUGGGAUUUUAACAGAACUACUCAAGACGCGUCUCAAGUCUGAAGAGGUUCGAAGGAAAUAUUUUUGCACCUCUUUGAAGUCACAAAAGAUGAAUUCAGAUUUUGAUGCUACCAUAAAAAGGGAAUGCAGCAUUUGUUUCUGCGAUCUUCAUUUCUCUGCAGUAGGUUGUCCUUGUUCUGUAGACAGAUACUCGUGUCUAUUUCAUGCAAAGCAGCGCUGUUUUUGUGAUUGGAGUAACAAGUUUGUCCUCUACCGUCAUGAAAUCAAGGAGUUAAAUCUACUUGUUGAAGCUUUGGAAGGAAAAUUAAGUGCAGUCAUCAAAUGGGCGAAAGAUGAUCUUGGCCUAUAUUUGCAUGAACAUCUUCCCAUCUCUCUGACAGAUAAAACAAAGCUGAAAGAGUACACAUCGGAAGAUGCAUCUUCACCAGUUAGCACUUGUGACACUGCUUCUAGCAUAAAGGCGGAAUUGAAGGCGCGUAUGCUGCAAUCCACUAUUUCAAACAUGUUGAAAGCAAACCGUGAUCCAAUAGCAUCCACUGAUGCUGCUUCUAGCAUCAGGGCUGAAUUAAAGGCACGUCUCCUGCAGUCUUCAAUCUCCAAGACAUUGACAGGAAAUGAUAAUCCGCUAGAUGCUGCAGCAGCCAAUGGCAAUGGUAGAAAUUUUGUUUCUAGCCAAUCAACAAUCUCGGAUGAACAUAAAGGCAUGUGCACUCCGCAACAGCCAGUGGCAAUGGUAGGAACUCCUAUUCUGCCGAUAGAGGUGGCCUCUGAUGUUUCCUCUGUAACUUCAAGUGAAUCAUCCUCGGAAUCUGAUGAUAUAAUACCACAUCUUGGCAAGUCUUCAGAAUCUAGUCAUCAAGCAGAAAGUAGGGCACCUCAGGAUUGCGUUCAUGUUCUUAGUGAUGACAGUGAUGGUUAAUCUUGCUAGAACUGUAUCAUUUUGUGAACCCAAUAAAAUUAUCCAUCCCUUAGGCAUUAGGUGAUAAAUUGGCCUUCUGAUGGCUUCUGUUGUAUUUUAGUCAGCUAGUUUAGUCAUUAUAUGCAUAUGGACUUAUUGAAGAAUAACAGUGUAACACUAGGAAUUAACACUUGUUGGUCCAUAUUGUAAUUGAAAUUUGAAUUUAGUUUCCUUC